AUGGCUAGCGUCGAAGCUGUUCUAGAAUUUCUAAGAAAAAAUGGAUUAUCAGAAGCAGAAUCAGCUCUCAGACAAGACAUCAUUGAAAAAACCAAUCUCGCUUCCUUUGACUUCGAGAAAUUCUUCUUUCCGAUGAUCCCUCCGCCUCCUCCGGUCAAACUCCGGUCAACUUCACGGUCGUCGGAGUUUCCAGCAAAAUUCUCCAAAUCGAACUCUGUCUCUUCUGAUGAACAGUUUGUUAGCAUCGGUUCACCUAGUUCUCGUGUUUCUUCUUCAGAAUUUAUCAAUCCAUAUGGAAUCAAUUCCUCAUCUCAGACACAGAACGAUUCUGAAUCUUCAUCGGAUAGAUUGUCACAAUUUGGCACAGCGCGCGAUUAUCACGAAUUCGAUAUGCAACAUGAACCGUAUUGGUAUAACGAAAAUGAUGAUGAUGAUUUCAUGACUCCUAGUUUUGAUGGACCAGAUUUCUUUGGAUGUGAAACUGAAGAUAAGUUUGUUACAGAAAAUCAAGAAAAUUCUCUCGAUCUUCGUUAUGGCUACAAAGAAAUACAAUUUGAGAGAAACGGGGGUUGCGUGGACGAGCCAAUGAAGCAAUGCAUUUGUAAUCAUUCAUCUGUAGUUGAUGAAAAUGCGAGCUAUUCAAGAGAUUACUGUCACGAGGCUGAGAACGAUGCUGAUGGGCAUUCUUGUGAAGUUCCUAUAAACUUUAGCUACUCUGAUUUGAAGGAAAUCGAUCUGAAUGAUUUUCAUUUGAAGGGUAUUAUUGAUUCUUUUGAUUCUGCUCCGCUGGUUACCGUGAAGCAAAGUAUCGAUUCAUACACUAAAAACGACAGCAGUGAGAGGUAUAAAGAUUCAUACGACUUAACAAUCACAGUUGCUGAAACAGAUCUAUCGAAUGGGAUCGACCCCUAUGAAGUAAGAGAUGAUCGAGAGUUGAGUGAAGAUUUCCGAGACCAGGAUGUUGCCGCAGAUGGAGAGGAUAAUAAUACCGAUGAUGAGCUCUUAAAAUACAUUCAAGAGGAUGAAUACGAAGUAUUUGAGCUAAGAAUCGUACAUAGAAAGAACAGGACUGGAUUUGAAGAAAAUAAAGAAGUGCCGAUUGUGCUAAAUACAGUCAUGGCUGGAAGAUACUAUGUGACAGAAUAUCUCGGUUCAGCUGCAUUCAGUAGGGUUGUUCAAGCGCACGAUCUUCAGACAGGAGUUAAUGUUUGUUUGAAGAUUAUUAAAAACGACAAAGAUUUCUUUGAUCAAAGCCUAGAUGAAAUCAAGCUUCUAAAACUUGUCAAUAAGCACGACCCGGGAGAUAAACACCACAUAUUGCGUCUUUAUGAUUAUUUCUACCAUCAGGAGCAUUUAUUCAUCGUGACCGAACUUCUGCGAGCAAACUUGUAUGAAUUUCAGAAAUUCAACCAAGAAUCUGGUGGGGAAGCAUAUUUCACAUUACGUAGACUACAGCUCAUUACUCGACAGUGUUUGGAGGCUUUACAAUAUUUGCAUAGCUUGGGAAUCGUUCAUUGCGACCUGAAGCCCGAAAAUGUUCUAAUAAAAAGUUACAAAAAAUGUGAAAUCAAGAUUAUUGAUCUCGGAAGCAGUUGCUUUAAAACAGACAAUUUGUGCCUAUAUGUACAAUCUCGAUCUUAUAGAGCUCCCGAAGUCAUGUUAGGCCUUCAAUAUAAUGAAAAGAUUGAUAUCUGGUCGCUCGGCUGUAUUUUGGCUGAGCUAUGCUCUGGUGAAGUACUCUUUCCAAAUGACGCAGUCGUGAUGAUUCUCGCGCGCAUGAUCGGAAUGUUUGGUCCUUUUGAUAUGGAGAUGUUGGUGAAAGGACAGGAAACACACAAGUACUUCACGAAAGAAUAUGACAUUUACUUUGUAAAUGAGGAGACAGAUCAACUAGAGUACAUAAUUCCAGAAGAGACAUCAUUGGAGCAGCAUCUACGGAUCACGGAUACCAUGUUUAUCGACUUCGUCGGAUACUUACUUAACACCAACCCGAAAAGAAGACCAACUGCAAGACAGGCACUAAAACAUCCAUGGCUUUCCUAUGUUUACAAGUCCAUGUAA